AUGGCGGCGGCUCUUCGAUAUGGAUUGGCCUUCAUAUUGGGCUGCUUCGCGUUCUGGAACCUCUGCAAGAUGCCCUUCUACUGGGAGACCGAGCCGAUGACCGAUGUGACCUUUGAUCCUGUAGAAUGCGCCAAGCCGGACCGUCUGAAGCAAUGUUCCGGCCUGACCACGCAGUAUCAUCUCUACCGGGCGUUCGGCAUCACGUCGAAGUACAAGUUGCAAUGCGCCAAGGACCUUUUUCUUAUUCCGCACACGGCCAUGGGCGUCUCCCUGGAGAUUCUCUUCAUCUUCGCCUUGUGUUUGGGUGACCGAGGACUCUACGAACACUCGAAGAUCAUGCUGCCGAUGGCCGCCAUUUUUGCCAUUCACAUCAUCCCCGCGGCUGGAGGAAUCCCAAACAGCCUGACGGGAGCGCCUGUGAACCAGACCCUGGUGGCGAUGAUUCUGGGUGCCGUCGCGUUGGGCGCGUACGCCAUGGCGUCCGAAUACAACAAGCACGAUGCGGAGCCCGGUACCAAGAAGAGGGCAUCGAAGCCGCUUCUGGCGGCCUGGCUCGCGAUCGGAGUUUUGGUGAACUUGGCUCCCGUUGGUGAGUGGGGCAUCCUCGCCAGCAGCUACAACAGCAAGGCCAUUCCGGAUGUGCCGCACCCGAAGUCGGGCCACGACUGGUACACCUCACUCAAUGCCCCCUGGUUGGGUCGAAUUGCCGCGAUGUUCUCCCUGUUCACCGUGUUUAUGUACUCCUUCGAUCUCUACGCAGAGGCGCGUGGAGAGCGAUGGCGGAGCCCGUUCAGCAGGGACGGGCCUGCUCUUUGGCAGCUGAUGCGUCGACCUUACCCCGAUGUCGAGGAGAAGUUCUACCAGAGGCCGGAAAGAUGGCUGGAAGCAACCGGUGAGAUGUUCGUGCUUUGCAUUGGCGUCUCGUGGCUGUGCACGGCCAUGUUCAACCCAGGCAUCUUCCGCGACAACAUCCUGCGCAGCAUCGUCGGAUACAACAACCUGUGCGUGGGCUUCGACAGCCCUCCUGCGCGCUACGUUGCCAUGCCGCUCUUGGUCAUCCAAGCUGUGCUGGCUUCGCGCUACGCCUACCUAGACACCAUCCGCCUGAAGGCCACGCGGGCCUACCUCACGGAUUGCCAGUUCUGGCUGGGAUACGUCGCCAACACCGUCUUUGCCGUCUGGAUGUCCUGUUUUCCCAUGCUUCUGGUGAUCACGGCGGAGUUUGACAGCUGGAUCAGCACCGAGAUCCACCUGUUCCUCUUCAUGGCCACACUGUUCAUCAUGUGGGCGAUGAUUGCGGGCAACGUCCUCGAGGCGCAGGAGUUGGAGUGUGCGACAAAGAUUUGGUUCGGAAUGUUCACGUUUCACACGCUGGCCCUCCCAUGCGUCGGCGUGGUGGACGUUCUCAACUUCUACCCCGAUCUGAAGCCAGAGGAGAUACCUACGAUCCGAUUCGAGCAUCCUCACCCCCCGGUUCCUUGGCCCAUCGUCGCCUACUUGGACUAUGGAUGGUUUAUCCUGCUGAUGCUCACCGUGGUGUUCCUGCCAGAAGCUCCUCCUGUCGAAACCCGCUUGACGGUGGACAUCAAUGCAACCCAUUUCGGAAAGAUGGAGGACUCGGAGAUGGACGACUCGGAGGACUCCGACUCAGGUGAGUUCAAGCUGGGUGCAGUCUGUGACGACUAG